GUACUCAUAAUGAUCAUGAAGCUAAGACUUUCACAAGGGUCUACACCUUAGCUUAACUAACCCUAGCUCCAAAAUUUUGCCAAACUUUCAUUUUUUUUCACUUCUUAAUUUCUUGAUCAAGUAAUUGAACAUGAGGAGUGGUGGUUGCACAGUGCAACAAGCUCUAACAUCAGAGGCAGCAAGUAUAGUAAAACAAGCUGUUGUGUUAGCUAAACGUCGUGGCCAUGCCCAAGUAACACCUCUCCAUGUAGCAAACACCUUACUAGGUUCUUCUUCUGGCUUGCUUAGAACAGCUUGUCUCCAGUCUCAGACUCAAACUCAAUCUCAUCCCCUCCGUUGUAAAGCCCUUGAGCUUUGUUUCAACGUGGCCCUCAAUCGCCUUCCUACUUCAUCAUCUUCGUCUAGUAGCCCCAUGCUACUAGGUCAUCCUUAUCAGAAUCAGAAUCAGAAUCAGAGUCAGAGUCAGAGUCAGCAUCAACAUCCUUCCAUUUCUAACGCGCUUGUAGCCGCUUUCAAGCGUGCUCAAGCUCAUCAAAGGAGAGGGUCAAUAAUAGAGAAUCAACAACAACAACCUAUUUUAGGUGUGAAGAUAGAUCUUGAACAACUCAUCAUUUCCAUCUUGGAUGAUCCUAGUGUGAGUAGGGUCAUGAGAGAAGCUGGCUUUUCAAGUACUCAAGUCAAAACCAAUGUUGAACUCAUGUGUACUAGUACUUCUCAAAAUCCUUCUCCUUCAAGUAACUUCAAAGAAAACAACAACAACAACAACCAUAUAUUCCUUCAAAGUGGUGGAUUAUUAAAAGCAAGUUGCAACAAAGUAAGUAGUACUCCUAAUUCUUUUCUACAUGUCAAAGAUGAGGAUGUGAUGAGUGUAGUGGAAAGUCUAAUGAACAAAAGGAGAAAAAGUAUAGUGAUAGUUGGUGAAUGCAUUGGUAACUUAGAAGGUGUUAUUAAAGGAGUGAUGGAUAAAGUUGACAAUUGUUGUACUAUUGAUCAAUCUUUGAAGGAAAUUAAACUCAUAAGUGUUCCUCUUUCAACUUUUUCUAAUAUCACAAGAGAAGAAGUUGACCAAAGAAUUGGAGAGUUGACUUGUCUUGUGAAAAGUCUAGUAACCAAAGGGGUUAUUUUAUACUUGGGAGACCUUAAGUGGAUUAUUGAUUAUAGGGGUAAUAAUAAUGAUGAUAAUAAUAAUUUUGGCUAUUAUUGUCCUGUGGAACAUAUAGUCAUGGAACUUGGGAGAUUGAUUUGUAGUAUUAUUGGUGAAAAUGGAAAAUUUUGGCUUGUGGGAAUUGCAACAUUUCAAACUUACAUGAGAUGUAGAAGUGGUCAUAAUUCAUUGGAAUCCAUUUGGGGCCUACAUCCUAUUACUGUUCCUACUGGAAGUUUGGUCCUCAGUCUCAACUCUGAGAGUGAUACACAACUUGAACUUAGAAGCAAGGCAAAUGAAAAUGGAUCUUGUGGGAUGAUUCUUGAUAGUGUGGAUGAUCAUGAUCAAGAGAAUCAAUUGACUUGUUGUGGUGACUGUUCUUCCAAGUUCAAAGUAGAAGCAUUAAGAUUACAACAAAACAAUGCUUCUAACAUUGAAUCUUCUACAUUGACCACAUCAAGUUUACCUUCAUGGCUUAAAGAGGAGAGGCAAAGACUUAAUAGUAAUCAUCAUGAUCAAAAUCAGAAGGGUGUGUCAGUUGAACUACUCUGGAAGAAGUGGAAUUCAAUAUGCAACUCGUCUCAUAAAAAAAACAAGACAUUUGAAAGAAGUCUAACCUUUCCUACUUCAACAUCGCCUUCCUCAAUAUUCAACUCACCAUUUCUUGAUCAAGAAGAACAAACAUGGAGAGGGGGAAAUGAUACUACUACACGCGAACCAAGUUUGAGAAUCUACAUUCCUGAGCAUAGUGAUAGUAACCCUAGGAACGCGUUUUCUUCAAAUAAUCCAAAUUCUACUUCCUCAAUUGAUCAAAUCAUGGAGAUGGAAUACAACAUUUCAAUGUUUAAGGAGUUCAAUUUGGAAAACUUGAACAUUCUUUCCAAUGCAUUAGAGGAGAAAGUGUCAUGGCAAAAAGAGGCUAUCAAAAAAAUUUCAAGGACAAUAUUGGAAUGUAGGUCAAGAAUGUUAAAAAGAUCAAAUGGUGAAGCCAAAGAAGAAACUUGGUUAUUUUUCCAAGGUCACGAUGUUCAAGCAAAAGAAAAAAUUGCUAGGGAAUUGGCUAAGGUUGUGUUUGGUUCUUAUUCAAGAUUCACAUCAAUUGCUUUGAGUAGUUUUUCUUCCAUGAAAUUGGAUUAUUACAAAAGAUCACGAGAUGAACAAAGUUGUAGCUACAUUGAGAGAUUUGUACAAGCAGUGUGUUCAAAUCCACAUCGCGUUUUCUUCAUGGAGGAUGUGGAACAAAUGGACUAUUGUUCUCAAAGGGGGAUCAAGAAGGCAAUUGAAAGAGGGAGAAUAGCAAAUUCAAGUGGUGAAGAGGUGAGUCUAAGUGAUGCAAUUAUCAUUUUAAGUUGUGAUCAUGAGAGCUUUAUUAGUUCUAGGUCAUCAAGAGGUGUGUCUCCUAAUGGUGAUGGAUUAGACAAUGAGGAAAUUAGAACUAUUAGUCCUAAUUGUGUUUCUUUGGAUUUAAACAUCUCUAUUGAUCAUGAUGAUCAUGAAAUUAGUGUUGAUGAUAUUAGACUUAUUGAAAGUGUUGAUAGAUGCAUUAUGUUUAGAAUUCAAGAAAUGUAAGGAGAAUAUUAAACAUGACCU